CCCAGACGACCUUGCCAGUAUCCCCCACAUCACGUUUCCAAACAGGUUUUGGCUUUGAUACUAAAGCCUACCGUGGAGAGCCACGACGCAAGACCUCGCCGGUUCUUCAGAGGAAUAAGCCUUUGGCCACAUGCAAGAUUAUGGCAUCCAAACAGCUCAGCAGUAGUAAGCAUGGACGUAUUGCCUGAAACAUUCACUGUUACUGAAGCACCCUCGCACCAAGAUGGAUAAAGCAAAGGUGACGCCAUUUUCAUUGUCUUGAUGCUGUGACUGAGCUUGUUCGUCUUGUCUGCUAUGGCAGAUCACAUACCGCCAAGGAACUGUGUCAGCAUGGACUCUCAAAGUACAAAAGGCUGCUAUACGAGAUGGGUCACAUCGAGGAAUCAGUGUCCUCUCUGCUUCACUAUGUUUGUGAUCCUGAUGACAUGAUGCAGCAGUAAUGGAAGUCUGUGACCGCCAUAUCACUCUAAUUGUCAGCUUGUGCAUGCUUGGAUGCCCGGGUUAGAGUCAAGACCUCAUGAAACCUACAGUCUCCAAGAAUCUGCGAGCGGCGCGAGAAGGAGGAGGAGGACAGGAGAGAAGGAGGAGGAGGAGGAGGCGCGCGGACCUGUCCACGAGCCCUCACUGCGGAACGCGCGGGGCUGCCGCUGGAGAUUCCAAAAACCAUCGGUUAUUUUGGAUGCUAGAGACUAACUGUUCCCCUCACUUCAUUGGUUUUCUCUUCCCCAUUUUCCCGGCCAGUCUCUGCCGCUGAGUGGACGGUGUUUGACGUCUUUACCAAAAGGAAUACUACCUUUUUUUUUUACUGGGGAGAGGUGCUGGUGGAGAGGGAGGUCUUCAGAGGCAGACAGGUGGAUUUAUGCAUGGUGGUGGUGUCUUUUUGGGGGGGGACUGGAUGAAGGAGAAAUUGAUGGAUUAAUUUGACGGUGGACAGUCGUUUAUGUGAUUCCCACUCCUGCCGAGGGCAAACGAAUGGAGUAACAGGCUGCAAUGUCAUCUCCACCUGGCCGCCUGGAGAGAUGUGUCACGGGAAUGGGAUCAAGUUUGAACACUUUUCCUCUGGCUUCACUGACGCUGUGAGAGGGCACCAAAAUGCCAGCAAACGAACGGGUCAUGGUGGCUGCCUGCACGUGCCCUCACACCACGGCGGCAAAACUCAGCAUUCAUCGCACGGACUCCGAAGAAGAAGGCGCAAAACCUCCGCGACCGCAAACCUGCAGCAGCCACGCUUUGUGACACCGAAGGGUAUGAUGGGUGUAGUGGGCUGGAUGCUGCUCCUACUCUCCCAGAUGAUGGUGCCUGUGGCGUCCCAGAAGCCUCCAGGGCUCAGUGUGGGUGUGAUUAUGGGCCAGACGCGCUACCUUUCCGAUCAGGAGCUCCGCCCUCCACGGCGCCCUGAUGAUGCCCUUGACGUCUCUGUGGUGGUACUGAGGAUCAACCAGACGGACCCAAAGUCUGUAAUUACACAGGUGUGUGAGCUCCUGACACGCACUCGUCUCCAUGGCAUCGUGUUUGCCGAUGGCACCGAUCAGGAGGCCAUUGCUCAGAUCCUUGACUUCCUCUCCGUUCAGACGCAGCUUCCAGUCCUGGGAGUCCAUGGAGGCUCCUCAAUGAUUAUGGCUGACAAGGAUGAGAAGUCCACGUUCUUCCAGUUCGGCGCCGCUCUGCAGCAGGAGGCUCUUCUCAUGCUCUCCAUCAUGGAGGAGUAUGACUGGCAUGUUUUUUCUAUUGUCACUUCCAAGUUCCCCGGGUACCAGGACUUUAUCAGUACACUGAAGACGACUGUGGAUCACAGCUUUGUGCGCUGGGACAUGCAGAGUGUAGUGACUCUUGAUGCUAUAGACGGAGACCCAAAUUCUAAAUCACACAUUGCCCUCAAGAGGAUCCAGAGUCCCGUUAUACUGCUGUACUGCUCCAAGGAUGAGGCGAUAUACAUACUAGAAGAAGCCCGGUCGUUGGGCUUGAUAGGAGCCGGUUACAUCUGGAUUGUGUCCAGUCUGACCACUGGCAACCCAGACUUCACCCCCGAGAUGUUUCCCCUGGGGAUGAUCUCCGUGUCCUAUGACGACUGGGAGUACCCGCUGGACACACGGGUUAGGGAUGGGGUGGGCAUCAUUACCUCUGCAGCCACUGCCAUGCUGCGGGAGAGGGGGGAGCUGCCAGAGGCCCAGAGCAGCUGCUACAGCACCGCAUCAGACAGGAGCCCAGGGAAGCUCCCACCUAGUGCCCUGCGCAGACACAUGAUGCAUGUAUGGAACGAAGAGCGAGACUUAUCCUUUACUCCAGAUGGUUACCAGGCCAACCCUAAAUUGGUUGUCAUCGUCUUGAAUAGUGAAAGAAACUGGGAGAAGAUGGGCCGUUGGGAGAACGGGACGUUGUCAUUGAUGUUCCCAGUGUGGCCGAGGUAUAACUCCUUCGGGGACGAAGAUGCAGAUGAGAAUCAUCUCUCCAUAGUCACGCUGGAGGAGAAACCUUUUGUCAUCGUCGACAAUGUGGACAUCCUCACCGGCACCUGCAUGAGGAACUCUGUGCCCUGCCGCAAGCAUGUCAAAGAUAACAGCACAUCAGGAGGCGCUUACAUUAAGAAGUGCUGCAAGGGCUUCUGCAUCGACAUUCUGAAGAAGAUAGCCAGGAACGUCAAGUUCACCUACGACCUCUACCUGGUCACAAACGGGAAACACGGCAAGAAGAUCAACAAUGUGUGGAACGGCAUGGUUGGAGAGGUGGUGUACAAGAAGGCUGUGAUGGCAGUAGGUUCGCUGACCAUCAAUGAGGAGAGGUCAGAGGCCAUUGACUUCUCCGUGCCCUUUGUAGAGACUGGCAUCAGCGUCAUGGUGUCACGAAGCAAUGGGACUGUCUCUCCGUCUGCCUUCCUUGAGCCCUUCAGUGCAUCAGUUUGGGUGAUGAUGUUUGUGAUGCUGCUCAUCGUCACAGCCAUCGCCGUCUUCCUCUUUGAGUUUGUAAGUCCGCUGGGCUUCAACCGAAACUUGGCCCAAGGCAAAGACCCACAUGGUCCUUCCUUCACCAUUGGUAAGGCCAUAUGGCUGCUGUGGGGUCUGGUGUUCAACAACUCUGUGCCGGUGCAGAACCCAAAGGGCACCACCAGCAAGUUCAUCGUAUCCGUGUGGGCCUUCUUUGCUGUAAUCUUCCUGGCCUCCUACACUGCCAACCUGGCUGCCUUCAUGAUCCAGGAAGAGUUCGUAGACCAAGUCACCGGACUGUCUGACAAGAAGUUCCAGAGUCCAUACUCCUAUUCCCCUCCAUUUCGUUUUGGGACGGUUCCUAACGGCAGCACAGAGCGUAACAUCAGGAAGAACUAUCCAGAUAUGCAUCAGUACAUGACCAAAUACCAUCAGACUGGCGUUGUGGAUGCGCUAGUCACCCUCAAGACUGGAAAACUGGAUGCUUUCAUCUAUGACGCCGCUGUGCUGAACUACAUGGCGGGCAGAGACGAUGGCUGUAAGCUGGUCACCAUCGGCAGCGGUUACAUCUUUGCCACCACGGGUUACGGCAUCGCCCUGCAGAAAGGAUCGUACUGGAAGCGUCUGGUGGAUCUGGCCAUCCUGGGCAUCAUUGGAGACGGUGAGAUGGAGGAGCUGGAGGCCCAGUGGCUAACUGGGAUCUGCCACAACGAGAAGAACGAGGUGAUGUCAAGCCAGCUUGACGUGGACAACAUGGCGGGCGUCUUCUACAUGCUGGCCACAGCCAUGGGCCUCUCCAUCCUCACCUUCAUCUCUGAACACCUUUUCUAUUGGAGGCUGCGAUACUGCUUCACCGGAGUGUGCUCGGGGAGGCCGGGGCUGCUCUUCACAAUCAGCAGGGGUAUAUGGAGCUGCAUCCACGGCGUUCACAUAGAUAUGAAGAAAAAGAACCCUGAGCUGGACUUCAGUCCUCAAGCCAACAUGCUGCAUCUGCUGAAGUCUGCCAAGUCCAUGGCUUUGUCCUCCCCCAAACGCAACACAGUCCUAGUGCAGCCCAGCAUCAUGGAUGUAAUUACCGGGAAAGGUAACUCGCUCCAUGGUCUGCCCCCGAAGGGUCCUGGUCUCUAUAGCAACGCCGCUGGUCCGCAAGGUUUCAUGUCAUUGGCCGGGCGACACAAAAACCUCCUCAACAAUGCUGCACCAUUCCCUGUGCAACAAAAAGCCCCCCCUCUGCAGACCAGCCCCAGCAAGCCUCAGCUGUCAAUCACGAACGACAACGGAAAGACCCGCCUCGCCGGGGCGGCCCUCACGGCCUCUAAACCCAGAGCCCUGUGGAAGAAGAGCGUGGAGACAUUAAAGACCCAGCCAAGUGUUGCAUCCCCAGGUCCAAACCCCGCCCCCUCAGCUGGAACCGGACCUCCACAGAUGAAGAGUCAGCGCUACCUCCCCGAAGACCCGCCACCUCCACACUCUGACAUCUCAGAGUGCUCCAGCCGGCCGCCAUCACACAAAGAUUCUGACUCCGUGGGGGCGAGGGGCGGGUUCAAACCGAUCAAUCAGCUGAGGAAGAGAGGUGGAGGUGGAGGUGGAGGAGGAGGAGGAGGAGGAGGAGGAGGAGGAGGGGGAGGGGAAGGUGGGGGCAGAGGAUCAAAGAUCUACUCCAUUGACUCAGACCAGGCCAGUCUGCAGUCUGCUCCUUACCAGCGAGACAGUCAGGGGGGAGGUGAUGAGCCCAGUUACCCCCCUGACCUGUUUCCACCUGAGAGCACGUACACGCACACACUCUCCCACCAGGCAGACACACCCAUCCUGCAGCUGAGUGCCAGCCUGCUGCACCACAGUCACAGCGCUGAGGCCGACCUGCACUCUCUGAAGGACAAGAAAUACAGCACCUACACACACAGCAGUGUGAAGGAGAAAGCCGGGGGAUCAUUUGAUGCUCCCAGCCCAGCACAAGGGACACAGGUCCGGCCCAGCCACUGUCGCUCCUGCCUGACAAAGCUGAGCAGUUACUCCGGCCUUUACACCGUCCGCUCGCCAACGGCUCGCUGUGACGCCUGCGCCCACCUGGGGAAUCUGUAUGACAUCAGUGAAGAUCACCUGCAUUCACACUACUCCCACGCGCUCACUCACCCACACAGUGGGGACAUGUUUACACACUACCUACCCCAGAGCGAGCUGGGCAUGGUGGGAGAGGGAGACGGGCUGGUCAGCCACUUCGAGCCCUCCCCAUCCUCCCCAUCUCCUCUCCCCACCCCGACUUCAGCCUCGCACCUCCAGCUGAGUCGUCAGCACUCCUACGAGAACGUGCUUCCAGACGGUGUUCCCGAGCGGCAGCCGCUGUCGCACACACACCUACGGGGCCUCAGCCUGCCUGACAGGGAUCGAGAUCGGGAGAUGACCCUGGACGAGGGUGCUUAUGCGAACGUGCUCACAAUGCGCUCUGAUCGUCCGUUCAGCAGCCGCAGCCCCCCUUCUCCGUCACCUUCACACCACCACAGCCUGGACACCCCGUUGCCCCUCCCGAGGCGCUCAAAGAGCCUGUUCCCCGAUCGCCCCUCGCACAACCCUUUCCUUCAGUCAGCCCCUGGCACGACACAACGAGAGCCCGCCCCCCAGGCUGUCACACGCAUGCCACAGAGAAAUUCCGCCCACGAGCUCUAUAAGCAGCGAAUGCCGCUGUCGCUUACCCUCGGUAACCAUGGAAGCCACCACAACAGCCAGCAUGGCGGCCUUGUCGACCAACAGGUGUUCUACCCUCAGCAGGAGCCCCCUGUGGUGGCCUACAUGAUCCCACCAGCUGCCUCUCAGCCAAUGAGCUAUGUGACAGCACCGCGAGCCUCAAGUGCUGGCGGCAACCGGCCACGACUUUACCGCCGCAUGCCAAGCAUCGAAUCUGACGUCUGAGAGUCACACACGAUACAAUCUCUCUCACCGAAACACACUAACACACACGCAUGCGAGACAGAGGUGUGUGUGACCGGACCAGGCAGCUCUGAUUCUAAGCACAUACGCAGAAACACACACACACAGACACACACACAGGUGAAAGUCGAGAAGGUGUGCUCCAGACUUAAAGGUUAAGAUGCUGAGUACAUAAAUCUUUGUUUUCUUUAUCUCUCCUUCUGUGGGGCAGGGCGGGGCCACGGGGACACCUGGAGGCACAAUCCUGGAUCAAGAGUGUGUGUGCGUGUCAGUGUGUGUUCUAGCCUCAAGCUGCGGGCAAAGAGGCACAAACUGACAAUACGUCUGACAUGACAGAUAGAAUACCUGAUGGGAUCAAAAGGGACACUGUAGAUUGGAGUCUUUGCACCAACAGUGGGAUUGGAGGGAGGAUACAAGAAGUGUGUUUGGAAGACGAGCCGACUUGUCCUGCCCUCUCACCAGCCUCUUGGAAACGAAGGGGACACAGAGAACCCCCUUCUUUUCUGAGAUUACACACCCACACACACACGUACUUCACCUUAAAACACACGCCCCUCUCCAGGACUCUCCUGUUGCACUAUGAUUUCUGCAGUCAACCCGUAUGUUGUCUGAGCCUCCAAACUGCACUGCCAGCAUGGCUUAAAGAGUAGUAAACGACACUAGAGUUGUCCUGAAUGAAUGGAAACUCUUUGUAAUAAUCCAGACUGGAAGGCGGGCAGCUGGUCUGGACCCGGGGUCUGAAAAGUGUUUCAGCUCCUGCCCGCAGAUGUACAAACACUGGAACACACACACGCACACUGUGUCUGAUUUUAAGGGGGGAGUUAGGCGAAGAGAAACUAGCGACUGUUUCUUAUUGUUGAUGUCAGAUAAUUGAACAUUCCAAAAAGUGGACCAAACAUGGCCGCCGGUAUCAGGAAGAGAGUGUGUGUUCUGGUGUUUCUAGAUCUAAAGACAUACAGUAUAGCAUCCUUGCUUCCUCUCUUAGCUAGCCUUCAGGUCAUACUGCAUGCUUCCUACUGCCCUGUGUUACAGUUAAACUCCUAUACAGGGUCAUAUAUGCACACACACAAACACACCUAUAUGCACAUACACACACAUACGCAGUAGUAUAGGAUAUUAGUUUAGGGUGGGUGUGUGUGUGUGUCGAAGCUACGAGAUAGCUUCCUCUUUGUGCACUUUGUAGAUUUUAUACCCUGCCACCUAACACAAACGUUUGACCAAAAACACUUUUAUACUGAAAAUAUGAAUAUUCUCGAUCAUUCGCUGGAUAGAUGUUUUCUUUUUCUCUUUUUUCUCUUUGACAUUGGGUUUUAGGGCACAGCUCAGUUAUUCUCCAUUGUGAGGUCAGAAGUUUUACAGUGUUAGAUAAUGGGUACAAACUUCAUACAGUAUACACAACAGAAACUCUUAAUCUUCUCUCUUCUUUUUGAUAACAUUUACUGUGCUCAUCCCUCCUUUUAGAGCCUUUCCUUCUUCCUUCAUCAGCUUUUGUUUACUCACUUAAUUGCUCCUUUGUCCUUUUUGCUCUUUCCCUGCUUCCUUCUAUUGCAUAGAUUGAGUAUCAGAAGAAUAAAAGUUCAGUCGUGGUGUUUUAAAAUCUCAACAUGUCUUUGGAAAUCUCUUAAUAUCAGUAGUCGUAAGAACUCAUCAAAUUCAACACCGGCUCUCUCGUAGGAUACAGUACUUUUUUCUAGGAACUUUUGAUGUAGAACAAAAAGGCCCGUCUUAAUGUUUCCGUAGUGAAUUUAGAGGCUGUGUGCGUCACUUUUUGCAAAUUUACUCAUCAAAUUAAAACUCCUGGACGGGCGUCAGAGUAGCUGCUACUUGUGUGGCUCUCUUGUGUCUGGCAAGAACACGGCGCUGUGUUUCAGCUGCGAGAGUCACGUGGCACAGCAGAGAGUUUGCAAAGUGACUCGUUAUUACAGAGGCAACACUCACUCAUACACACACACACACACACACACACACACAUACACUCAAACACACACUCACACACACACACACACACACAUACACUCAACGGGCCGGCAAUGUGUGUAUGAGUGUGCUAGAAAUCCAUAAUCUACUGAGUAAGGGCAUUGAUUUUCAAGCACAAGGAUUUUGAUGGAAAAAGGACUUGAUAUCCCAUUAGCUGAGCGUCUGUCUCUAUUCUCUUUCUCUUUAUUCUCUCUCUCUCACACACACAAGCGCGCACAGACAUUUAUUUUAUAUAUAUUGGCUGCAAAGAAUGCGAGACAGUUUGAAGUAAAAAAAAAUGCACCUUUGAACGGUGAACACUGCCCCUCUUUUGGUUUGGUGUGUGAGUUAUAUGCACAAUUAUCAGGUUGCAAUAUUAUACUUCUGUACAGAGAAAUCUUUGUUUUAAAUGUUAGAAACUGAUUUCAUUUGUUUGAUUUGAAUGGUAUUAAGUGUUGAGUUCAUUUCAAUAACAACGUGGCUUUUUAUUCUGCUUCUUUAAGGAAAAAAGACUGGCAUGUUUUAGAUUCUUGUGGUUUUAUUUUUCUCCUCUUCUCUCCUCUGGUGUGUAGUUUGGUUGGGACCUCACUGUAAAGUCCUCACUGCUGGUGAAAGAGACUAGUCGACAGUUAACGGUCAGCUAACCAGUUAACUAGCAACACAUAGCUGGAUCACAUUCAAUGAAUAAUGAUUGUCCAGCCUGUGUGGUUUAAACAAACCCCCUCCCACCCACAUCGUUCUCUUCCACUACGAGUCUGUGCUGUUUCACCUCUGAGAGCGAGCGAGUGAGUGUGUUUGUGUGUGUGUGUGUGUGUGUGUGUGUUUUACACCAGGCAGGCAUUUAUAUAAGACAGAGGAUGAUUUCUGUAUCGAGAGCUUGUUUGUGGUGUGUUUGUGUGCAUGUGUGUGUGUGUGUCUGUUCUCUCUUCCCUUCGUCCCACACAUAACAUUUGACCCGGCUCUUACUCAUAAAACACAAAUACAGUUACACACACUCACACACACAUGCACACACACAUGUUGCGUCUGUUCUGCCGUGGUUACGAGAGCGUGAAGAAUGAGUUUGGUUCUGUCCACCAUCACAGAUUUUUACACCGACCUUUUGUUUGAUUUCUCUGAUUUUUUUAACUUGCAUGACGUGCUUGUGUUUCUGGUGGUACCUAUUUUGCUGCAACACCUGAGUUCUCCCUGAGUUGACCUCCAGGGCUACAUGCACCAACGUAGCCCCUCCAACUCGGUUAGUGACUCGAGCCCUGAAUGCUUAAAAAUCCUCAACCCCUGGUGUAUGAUGUCAUUGAUAUGGCACCCAGCUGGCUCCUGCACAAUGCCGGCCGCUGUCGAGGAACACGUGUGAAAUGUUCUCAGGCUGAGUGUGGCCCAGGUGUGCACAUGUUAAACACAGUUCUGGGUGGAGGGAGUGGGUUGGUUGGUGUGUAGUCCUGUGGGUCUCCUGCUGUGUAUCUCACUUGUGUAUAAGUUCAGGGGUUUCUAAGCUACUAGUUGUGUUGUAAAUAAUACCUUGUCACUCAGUACCUCUGUACAAUCUGUAAAUAAGUAAAGGUUACAUUUUUCUACUUG